GAAGUCAUGGAAGAAGUAUCAGCCUGCUCCCUCAACAGCACUCUGUUCCAGCAGGAACACCAGAAAGGGACCACCUACCGGAUUCCACUGCUGCUCUACAUCCCUCCCAGCCACACCUUCCUGGCCUUUGCAGAGAAGCGUUCCUCAAGCAAAGACGUAGAUGCUCUCCACCUGGUGCUCAGGCGAGGGGUGAUGAAGGGCCACUCUGUAGAGUGGGGACCCCUGCAGCCACUGAUGGAAGCCACAUUGCCUGGGCAUCGGACCAUGAACCCCUGCCCUGUAUGGGAGCAGAGUACCAGCCGUGUGUUCCUGUUUUUCAUCUGUGUGCCAGACCGUGUUACUGAACAUUGGCAGAUUAGGUCAGGCAAGAAUGCUGCCCGUCUCUGCUUCCUGUGCAGUCAGGAUGCUGGGUGCUCAUGGGGUGAAGUGAAGGACUUGACUGAGGAGGUCAUUGGCUCAGAGGUGAAGCACUGGGCCACAUUUGCUGUGGGCCCAGGCCAUGGCAUCCAGCUGCAGUCAGGAAGGCUGAUCAUUCCCACCUACGCCUACUAUUUCUCACGCAGGUUCCUCUGCUUCCCGUGUUCAGUCAAGCCCCAUUCCCUGAUGAUCUACAGUGAUGACUUAGGAGUCACAUGGCACCAUGGCAAGCUCAUUGGGCCCCAGGUGACAGGGGAGUGCCAAGUGGCAGAAGUGACUGGGACGUCUGGUAACCUUGUGCUCUACUGCAAUGCCCGGACACCAAACAGAUUCCGAGCAGAAUCUUUUAGUACUGAUUACGGUGACUGUUUUCAGAAACCAACCCUGAACACACAACUCUGUGAGCCCCGCUAUGGCUGCCAAGGCAGUAUAGUGAGCUUCCAGCCCUUGAAGAUGCCAUUCUCACAAGACCCAAUUGGUAAAGCUGCUCCCACUACUCAGAAGAGCCCUCUGCUGGACAGUUUUCUGGAGCGGGAGGAAGGAGUUGGAAGACCAUCAGGAACAUGGCUCUUGUACUCACAUCCAACUAGCAAGAAGCGGAGAAUUAACCUGGGCAUCUACUACAACCGGAACCCCUUGGAGGUGACCUGCUGGUCCCGCCCUUGGAUCUUGCACUGUGGGCCCUGUGGCUACUCUGAUCUGGCUGUUGUGGAAGAGCAGGGCUUAUUUGCAUGUUUGUUUGAAUGUGGGCAGGAGCAUGAGUGUGAGCAGAUUGCCUUCCGUCUAUUUUCAGUCCAAGAGGUUUUGAGCUGUGAAGACUGCACUGGCCCUAGUAGGGACUAAAGCCAAAUCAAGCCUGAUGGGUGAGGACCCAACUUUCCUCAGAAGUGAAUGGCAACUGCAGCUGGGAUAACAUGGGUCACUGAUGUCUACAGAAAAUCCAAAAACUAAUACUUCGCUCCUUGUACUUUUCACUUUUCCCUUUCCAAUGAGCCAAGAGAAAUGUGUGCCUUAUCUUACACAGCAAUAAGGGUGUUGAACUGGGAGUUUGGAGACAAUGGUGUGGUUUUGGCUUGCUUUAGGACUGUGGAUAUAUCCCCUGAACUCUGGGCAUCAGGUCUCCAUUUGUAAAAUGACAAGGGUGGUUUGUGAUUUCUUGUCUUCCCAUUAAAAGGAGUGUUCACUUCUUGUCCCAC